AUGAGGAUCUCUUACCUGGCCGUAGCCACCACCUUGGCUACCCUGACUUCGGCUGCCGCAGCUCCGAAACAGCAGUGUUACUGCUUACCUGGAGAUCAGUGUUGGCCGGCAACAUCCACCUGGCAGAGUCUGAAUGCGACAGUUGGUGGGCGUCUGGUGGCUACCAAGCCCAUUGGUUCGCCAUGCCAUGAUCCCACAUACAAUGAGGAAGCUUGUGCAGCACUCCAGGCACAGUGGACGAAUCCUUUGACCCACAUUCCUUCUUCGUCUUCUGUCAUGCAGUCUUACUUUGCCAACCAAUCCUGUGAUCCCUUCACCGACAGAGCUACGCCUUGCACUCUUGGCAACUACGUGAGCUACGCUGUCGAUGUUCGCUGCACCGCGGAUGUCUCCAACGCUCUCAAGUUCGCGAAGGCCAACAAUUUGCGCGUUGUCGUUCGGAACACAGGUCAUGAUUUCCUCGGGCGGUCGACUGGUGCUGGUGCCCUUGCCAUCUGGACCAACCACUUGAAGACCAUUGACUUCACGACGUGGUCUGACGAAUACUACUCCGGCCCAGCCGUCAACGUCGGAGCUGGUGUUCUCGGAUAUGAAGUGCUCGAGGCCGCCCACGCUCAGGGACUCGCUGUUGUCUCCGGCGAGUGUGCCACCGUCGGCCUGGCUGGCGGCUUCAUCCAAGGUGGUGGGCACUCUGCGUUGAGCACUCAAUUUGGCCUCGGCUCUGAUCAAACACUCGCAUUCCAAGUUGUUACGGCUGAUGGCAAAACCGUCAUCGCGUCGCCUUCUCAGAAUGCCGACCUGUACUGGGCUCUCAGCGGCGGCGGCGCCGGUACUUUCGGCGUCGUCACUGGUCUUACCGUGCGUGCCUACAAGGCUGAGACGGUUGGAGGAGCUGCGUUCCAACUUCUUGCUGCGACUACCACUCCGGAGAAGUUCAAUGCCGCGGUUUCCAAGUUCCACGAGUUACUGCCCAACAUGACGGAUGCCGGUGCCUUCGCCGUCUUCCUUCACAACUCCCAGUUCCUCGUCCUUCGGCCAUUGACGGUUUGGAACUCAACCGCCGCCCAUGUCAAGGAUGUUGUUCUGGCGCCAUUCACCAAGGCCCUUGAGGAGAUUGGAGUCACACUGGCGGUCGCCUACAGUGAGCUCUCAUACCGCGACCACUACGACCGCUACAUGGGUCCUCUUCCUCAAGGCAACCUCGAAGUCACGCGAUACCAGUUUGGUGGACGCCUGAUUCCACGGGAAGCCAUCGAGACAAACAAUGCCGAGUACCAGAAGGUCGUCAACAACCUGACUUCCAAUGGUGUCCUCUUGGCAGGAAGCGUGGGACACUACGACAAGCCUGCCGGCGCCGCCAGCAACUCUGUCCACCCAGCAUGGCGCAAGGCGGUUAUGCAACUCCAGCUGAUCACGAACUGGGAUAACGCUGCUCCCUGGGCCGACAUGGAAGCUGCCCAGAGACGGAUGACUGAAGAGUUCAUGCCUCUCAUCGAGUCCGUGACCCCUGGAAGUGCUUCGUACAUGAACGAGGCGGACUUCAGACAACCGAACUGGCAAGAUGCCUUUUUCGGCGAGAACUACAGCAAGCUGCUUCAGAUCAAGAAGAAGUGGGAUCCCGAGUCUAGCUUCUACGUCCUCAAGGGCGUUGGUAGCGAGGCUUGGAAUGUCGCGCCCAACGGACGGAUGUGUCGUGCUUAA